AUGUGGCACAAGGUGCAGGAAAGCUACAAGCUCAAGCCAAAACUGGAGGCUCACAGUGAUGGGAAUCAAGCUUGCUUGAACGCGGUCAAUGCCAUUCGUGAUGCCGAAGGGCUGAAGCUUGAGAAAUUCACUGCUGCAGCGAACGACAGGGGAAAACAAUCAAGAACCCCCUCCACCCCUUAUGAGGACGCGCUGUAUAACGUGACAUGCGCCCAGAUAGAGGAUGGAUCAAUUGACCCAAAAGUUGAGGAGACAUACACUCUCAUUUACGCUGUCAAAGAAGGUCAACAGCCCCCAACAGCGUCGGAAGCUGUCGAUAUAUGGAAAUCUGGAUAUGAACAGCUUGGCCCCGACACUCCCCCAGCCUUCAAAGCCAAGGGCGAGCAUAUCCGUGCUGCAGCAGCUGCUAGCGAAAUCUACUACGACAACACAGUGGCUGGUUUCGUCUCUCUUAUGGUUGAUGGCACACGCGAGAUUAGGUGUUACAAUGCUACUGGCUGCAAAAAGGCAGCCCUCAUCUGCUUCCUGUCAAAGCCGACCUUGGUGGAAAACACACCGCCCAUUAGCGAGGGUACAUGGAAAAAGAUUUUAGCCCUCGAUAACGAGGCAAAUGGAAACGGCGCAGGCGAUACUAUCAAAUUCACAUUACGCAGCGAAGCGGAUAACUGCCUCACAGAAAUCAAUGAAGUCCGCAGCCAAGACAGUCUUGGCCUUAGCAGCUUCGUUGCGAAGGCACAGACCUCCACAGGUGCGGCACCCGAAGACGUUGCCCCAACCGAAUCCGUUGAGCUUGCCAAGGCAUUCACCUGCGACGUCAUCAAGGCUGGAAAUGCCCCCAUCCUGUUUUCCAACAAUAAACGCAGCGUGAUGUACUACUCUGGGUCUAGCGCCACGUGCUCUAACGCAAUCACCGAAUGGAAGAAGGGCUAUGAUAAGUUCAAAGACCUCACAAUUCCUCCAACGUACACUUCAAGCGAAGACAUCUACAAAACAGGAGCAGCAACAAACUUUAUCUCGCUCGUCAGUGAGGGCGACGAGACCGUAGUCCGAUGCUACACCGUGGAGAAGUGCAGCGAGGAAGGUUUGCUUUGUGUGCUCGAGCCAGCUGUCUUCGAGGACGGAACAGCGCCCAUCACGGAGGCCACAUGGCAGAAGGUUACCUCGACCUUCAGUAAUGGAGUUAGUGGGACCUCCGUCUACGGUGCUCUUCUGAGCAGUGUGUUGGUUGCUGUCGGUCUGUUUGCACUCAACUUCUAA